GACAUACCUGAGAUCUCAUUUUAUUUCUACCCGCGUGCUGCGUGUGUUAAUUUUCCUUGAGACAUACGGGAGAAAAGAAGUCACAAAAUCAUGAGUUUACCGGCUUUUAUCAAUAUUCCUGAGGCAGAACAAGCUGGGGAGCUGAGGUCAUUUCUGAAAGAAAAGGGAGCGGACAUCUCAGAGACGAUGAGCGAGGAAGGACUAGAAUUAGACCUGGAAUCAAUCAUAGAUAAUGUAGGAGUCGUCUGGAAACUACCUGACGUGAAUGAAAUUGAAGGUGUUUUCAACAGUAUCCUGUCUCUUCUAAUCUACUUCCCGCCAGAAACGAUGGAAAAACUCGUCCCAAAACUUAGUGAACACAUCACCAAAUCAGGCACAGCUGAACAGUCGUACAUAAGAAUUAAAAUUUUGAAUAGUUUAUUCCAUGGUGUAGGAGAGACAAAUCCCCUUGCCUACCAUGUUUACUGUGGUAUGUUAAGAGUUGCUGCUAAAUAUGAAAACAUUGACCAAGUCGUCACAGAUCUCGACAAGGUUAAGAAGUGGACGGUUCAAUGGGAAUUGAAUCGAGAUAGAAUCAACAAUGUCUACAGAUUGCUGUAUGAAGGACUCAAAGAAAGCAAACAGAGUGAUGAAGCCAGUAUUGUAAUGGUUGAGCUUUUAGGCACCUACACAGAAGAUAAUGCCUCACAGGCUCGUGAUGAGGCUAACCGAUGUAUCGUCAACGCCAUCGCUGACCCUCAGGUCUACCUCUUUGACCACCUCCUCACCCUCAGACCGGUCAAGUUCUUGGAGGGAGAGAGGAUUCAUGAUCUCUUGACAAUAUUUGUGUCUGGGAGGUUAGAUGAUUACAUGAACUUCUUCAAUUCAAACCAGGAUUUCAUCAAAGGAUUAGGUCUCUCCCAUGAUGCAAUGAUAAAGAAGAUGAGGAUAUUGACCUUUAUGGGAAUGGCAGUCGACGUGAAAGAGAUCAGCUUUGAUACACUUCAGCAAGAACUCAAGAUGUCAGAAGAUGACGUUGAGGGAUUCGUAAUUGAUGUUGUAAAAUCCAAGAUGGCAAAGGCAAAGAUUGAUCAGCUCCAGAACAAAGUCAAUGUCAGCUUUGUGACGCAUCGGACGUUUGGUCGUCAGCAAUGGCAGCAACUUCGAGAGCAUCUGGUCAACUGGCAAAACAACCUCUCCCAAGUAGAAGGCAGACUUGAUAGUCUACAGCAGCAAAUGAUGACUUAGUGAUACCCACCCUGCCCCUACCCAGUCUCCAUUCCCCAGGAUAUUCUCAAACUUUAUGCAAAGUUUUGGUAAAAAGAAGUGAAACUAGUGAUAGCACCCCAUCCUCCUUCCAAUCAUCAUUCUCUAUGUCCUCCAAAGUUCAUGAAAGGUUUUGAUAACAAGAAGAAAGAUGUGCAUCUGAGGCUCCAACAAUCGAUGAUUGCUUAGUGAUACCUACCCCCACCCCAGGCCAGAACUAUAUUCCCAAGAAUGUUAUGUUAAAAACAGAAAUUGAAAAUCAUGCUUUACUCGGCUCCUGCUUGAUUGAGUGACUUCUGUUAUAUUAAGAAUAAGGAUGAUAAUAUAAUGUAUCUCUAUAGUGCAAAAUCCACCUUAGUAGGUGCUCAGAUACUCCUUUAUUACCUUAGCUAAGCUACACUACAGAUUCUGGUGCUCACAACCUGUUACGGAGUUAAGCUACAGUUACAAACACCUUUACCAUCGCUGUACGACCGAUGUUUAUACAUAGCAAAAGUGGUAUGAAAUAGUUUGUACGUCGUUAGUAAAAGUAUUUUUGACCGUUAUAUUACUUCCUGCUAGUACUCAUUUACCUCACCUGGGUUGAGUGCAGCAUAUUGUGGACCAAUUUCUCGCUGAUUUUAUUUAACUUUUGAAUCCCAGAAAGACAAAGUUCCUAAAUUUAUUUAUUUGGACUUCAGCAGUCCUCUCAUCUUUAUAAUUUGUUUAUUAUAUUAAUGUCGUGUAUGUUGAGACAUUAAAUAACUUAGAAUUUUAUAAAACAUAUCAUGAUCAAUGAUAUUGAUGAACCUUAAUUUUCUGGAGUAAAGAGAUCUCAGCAAAUAUGUAAUGCACAAACGUUCAUGUCAUCAAAUGUGAAACAUUGAAAAAAUAAAUCAACGGUGGAUAUUGAAUAAUAUAGGGGGUAUUUAUAUUGCGCACAUAUCCACCUUGUUAGGUGCUCAAGACGCUCCUAUAUU